AUGAAAGUAGCAAUUAACCAAGAAACAGAUAAUAAGUGUUUAUUAUCACGUACAAAGCGUCGGCAACUUGAGAGAAAAUUAAUUAAAGCGAAACGAAAUGCAUGGCAUCAUGGGGAAAAAAUUCCGAUUUCUAUCGAUACUCUUGCAUCUUCAGUUGAACCUGAACAUGAUCUAAUGAAGAAAAAGAAGAAAAAGAAAUCUAAAAAGAAAUCAUCAGUAUUAACAUUUGAUGAAAAAGCCGCUCAAGAAAUUCAUCAAAAAAUCUUACUUGAAGACAAUGCAGCUGAAGAUGCUCAUAUAAAAAAAUUAGAAAAGCUCUUGGGUAUUAAAGCGAAUAAGAAAAGUUAUUUACGUGGUUUUAUUGAUGACGGAUUAGAUUAUUUACUCGAUUUUUGUGAUAAAGAUCGAAGAAAAGAAAUUCUCGUUGCAGAAGGUGACGAACAGGGAAAUGCUUGGUAUGAUGAACAAGAUGAAGAUCAACAAUGGUUAGCUAAUAAACAAAAACAAAGAGUAGAAUUGGUUAAUCAAAAAGAAAAUGAACUAAACAGCAUUAAAGAAGAAAAAAAGAAAAAAACAACUGUAGUCAAAUUUAAUGAGCAAGUUCAAACAAAAACGAUUGACGAUGACUCAAUCGAAGAGGAAGAUGACUCAAUCGAAGAGGAAGAUGACUCAACCGAAGAGGAAGACGAUCCACAAGACUAUGAUGAAGAAGAUUUCGAUCAAGAACAAAGUUUUAAUAAGAAAGAAGAAAAUGAUCAUGAUAUUGAAGAUAGUAUAUCUCUAAAAGAAGAUAUUUACGGACGAAUAAUUGAUGUUAAAGGCGAUAUCGUUAAAAAUAAUUCAAGUACACUUUAUAUUCCUCCUGCACUUCGUCAAAAGUUAAAUUCAUCGGAUGAUAGUUCUAAUGUUGAAUUAAAACGACGUCUACAAGGUCAAUUGAAUCGUUUAAGUGAAAAAAAUUUAUCAUCAAUAUUAAUUGAGUUUGAAUCAUUUUAUCGUUCUCAAUCUCGUGCAUCUGUUAAUUCAUGUUUAUAUCAAUUAUAUCAAGAUAGUCUUAUAUCAUCACUUUCAUUGACCGGUGAAAGUUUACUUGCUGAACAUGCGUUAUUGGCUUGUCUUCUUCAUUCGAAUAUCGGCUUAGAAAUUGGUUCGUGUUUAUUAGAAAAUUGCUUACAAAUAUUUAUUAAACAUAUUAAUGAUGAAGUAUCAAAUAAAACGAACGAUAAUUUAAUGAUAUUUAUUUCAUAUUUAUAUGUAUUUCAUAUGACUAAUGGAAAAAUCCUAUUUGAUACUGUUCGAUAUCUAUUAAAUUUUGAUCAAUUGAAUGAAAAACGUCUUGAAUUGAUUCUUUUGUUACUAAAAACAAUUGGAUUUAUCCUACGUAAAGAUGAUCCAUUACAAUUAAAAACAUUUUUACAGGAAUUACGAACAAAAUGUUCAUCUUCAACAUUAUUAUCAUCCUCAUCAAAACGUAUUGAAUUUAUGAUGGAUACAAUAAAAAGUUUAAAAAAUAAUGAUGUUAGAAAAUUACCUGGUGGUUUUGAGCCUGAACGUAUUGAUCGCUUAAGGAAAAUUUAUCGAAAUUUAGUUAAAGAUAAAACAGUACAACAUGCUAAUAUGCUUAAUGUUGGUUUACAAGAUUUUUUAAAUGUAAAAGAACAAGGACGUUGGUGGAUUGUCGGAUCAGCAUGGCAAAAGCAAACUUCUCAAGAUAAUAAAAAUAAUCAUAAUCAACAAGUAGAACAACGCUUUAAUGAAAAAAUUACAAAAUUAGCUAAACAUCAACACAUGAAUACUGAUGUGAGACGAUUGGUCUUUGGAACUUUAUUAACAAGUGAGGAUUGCGAUGAUGCUGUCGAAAAACUUCAUAAACUCAAUUUAAGUAAAGUACAAGAACGAGAAAUCAUUCAUGUUACAGUUCAUUGUUGUUUACAUGAAAAAGGUUACAAUCCAUAUUAUACAUUAAUUUUACAACGAUUUUGUGCAUACGACCGUCGAUUUCAAAUAUCGUUGCAAUAUCAUACAUGGGAUAGAUUUAAAGAUCUCUCACUACUUAAUGAUAAACAAUUAGCAAAUUUUGGUUCAGCACUUUCUCAAUUAUUGUUAUCGAAAUCAUUAACACUCAAUGUAUUCAAAAAUUUCAAUUUCAUCGAAUUGACACCAUCAGCACGAACAUUUUUAGUCGAACUGUUUAUUAAAAUAUUCGAUAAUACAGACGAUGGAUUACUGAAAAGUAUUUUUCAAUUUCCAUCAAAACAAAAUUAUAAAUUUGUGAAAGACGCUCUAAGAUUAUUUCUUUCUCAUUUCAUUUUGAAAAAAUCGAAUCAUUCAGAAUUAGUUCAUCGUCGUUGUCAAAUUGCGAUUGAUCAGUUGUCAAAUGAAUAA